ACAAUGCGCCAGGGGUGCGGCCCUCUUGGUUACACAUUCACGCUUUGUUUCGCUUCCGUAUCAAACUUCGUAUUUCCCACUGAUCAUUGCGUGACCUCAGAUAAAUCCAUUUAUUGUUUGCAAAUUCGAAUUUCCGUUUCCCGUAAUUGUAAUGGCUUGCCUUCAGCUGUUAAAAUCAGCUCCAUCAAAUUCACAGUCCAAAAUCGGCUGUUUCCGCGCGGAUUUCAGCUCGCAGAAAAGGCGAAUUAGGCUACGGAAUUCAGGAAUUGCUAAUAAUUACAGAAGAUUUAGGGUUAAUUGCAAAGUAGAAGACGGUGGAAAACAGAGUAAUGGUGAAGAACCUCCCGAGUCUUUAUUUAUGAAGGAGCUAAGAAGAAGAGGGAUGACUCCCACUUCUUUACUUGAGGAAAAGAACACAGGUGUUGUGAGGGAUGAGGAGAUGAAGUUUAGGGAAGAAGAUGGGGGUUGGGGUUACUCAAGAAGAAAUGGCACCACAACUGGUGCAGAAACAAACCUCACCGGUCAGAGGGAAACGUCCAUGGCGCUUAAUAGUGAAGGUCUUGAGGGUUUGAUCCCGCGUGGGAAACUUCUGCUUACCCUCGGAGGAACAUUUUUUCUGACAUUUUGGCCGUUGAUUCUUGUAAAUAUUGCACUUUUCCUUGCACUAUAUCUGUACUUUGGAACAGAAUUUGUUCACGAUGGACGUGAUCAUCCGAUAGCUCCGCCCCCAUAUGUCGACCCUUAUGAAUUACUCGAAGAAGAGAGGAUGUAUAAGACUGCACCCCCUCUAAAUUGAAGGACUGCGAACUUGUGUAUAGCAGCAUUUCCACUUCAUCAAAGAUCCUAUAAUUUUGCUUUAACUUACAACUUAGAAUGUGUAAAAGCAUCACUCUCUCAAGUUGAACUUAAUAUAGAAUGUAUUUCUCAAGUUGAACUUAAUAUAGAAUGUAUUCUGGUAA